AUGUCGCUGCCCCUCCGGCUGCCCUACAGCUCUCCCGCGCGGCGGCUGCGCGCGGUCCUUCUGCUCCCCUACUUCCGUGCCCCUGUCACGCCCCCACCAUCCCCAGUCUGGUCCCCCGAGCUCGACUCCGAGAAGGAAAGCAGCUCCCCGGAGGGCGGCUCGGAGGAGGAAGCGGCUUGGGUUUGUGCCAGAGGCAACUGGGGUCGCGUCCUGAGCGGCAGCGUCCGCGUCACCCCCCAAGGCUGGGCGUCCGUGGUCCCUCAGAGCACCCACCACGCACUCCGAGCCUGGCCCAAGCUGCCUGGACCCCUGCCCGUUGCCGCUGCCUCUCCCUCUUCCCCGCGUGGGGUCUCGGUGCAGCGCUCGGAUUCGCAGCCUACCCGCCCUGCGCUCCUCUGUCGCCGCCCCUCUGCCCCGCACGGUCCCGGGAGAGCCAAGGACCGCCAGCCUGGUGCCUCAGGAAGAGCCUCCACGGGCCGAAGAGAGCCAGAGACGAGGAUAAAUAGCCAGAUUGAAUGGGGCUGGAGGACCAUGGAGCGUAAAACACCGCCUCUCCCAGCGCCUCUGACUCUGGCCAGUAGAGGGGUCACUGGCCGCUCUGCAUGUCCUAGGAAGAGUAGGAAGCUGGGCAAGAUGUCCAGCGCCUCACCAGAAAAAUAUCAGGGAAACUGCAAGAAAGUUAGCCUGGAACACAAGGGAGUGGAAAAGCCCAGAUGA